UUCAUUUUUGAGCCCGCGAAGACAAACACUCGUCUUUCCCACUGCUUCCCAUUUACUCUUCUAAACCCUAUUCAUAGUCUUUCUAUUAUACCAGCAAUGGGGAAACGGAACACCGUCGUGAUAUCCUCAUCAGACGAUGAUGAUUACCGGCCUUCUUCGAGGUCCAAGCGGAGCUACGAGAAGCCGAAAUCGAAGUCCUCCUUCAGUCGUACCAACCCUAGUAGAGCCAAAAAGCCUCGUCUCCAGAAAUCUCGCUUAACCAAACAAUCCAGCAAUGUAGAUGAGAUGAGACUGGCUUUUAGAGAUUUUGAUGAGGUUUUGAAUGGGUUCAAGGUUUCUUCCGGUUCUAAAAGGAUCGACCCAAAGGAAUUGUGGGUUGAUAAACACAAGCCUUGUUCUUUGGAAGAGCUUGCUGUUAACAAGAAAAAGGUUGAAGAAGUUAAGUCAUGGUUCGAGGAAAGAUUGAGGACUCCAAAGGGUGAGAUUGGUUGUAGUUCUGUUCUCAUCAUCUCUGGACCGGCUGGGGUUGGAAAAUCUGCCACUGUCCAUGCGAUUGCAUCUAAGCUUGGGGCACACUUAUGUGAAUGGAACACACCUACUCCCACAAUUUGGCAAGAACAUGUUCAUAACUCGAGUGCAGGUAUGAAUUACACUUCUAAGUUGGAUGAGUUUGAAAAUUUUGUUGAAAGAGUGAGGAAGUAUGGAUUGAUAAUAUCUUCAUCUUUCAAUCGGAACUCAAAGUCUUCAAUCAUAUUGGUGAUUGAUGAUCUUCCUGUAACUAAUGGAAGAUCAGCUUUUGAAAGACUUAAAAGGUGCUUGGUUCUGCUUGUGAGAUCGACAAGGAUACCAACAGCUAUAUUGAUUACUGACUAUGGCAAUGAAGAUUCAUCAGACCUCACUGCAAAAUGGAUGGAAGAACUACAGUUGUCACUUGAGAGUGCUGGGGCUAGUAAGGUUGCUUUUAAUCCUAUAACAAAUAACUCCAUAAAGAAAACACUCUCUAGAAUAUGCAAACAGGAGCUCUGUAAUGUGGUAGCCGAAGAGAUUGAUCUGAUCGCUAAAGCCAGUGGAGGUGACAUCAGACAUGCGAUUACAUCUUUACAGCUCUUCUGUCUCAAACCAAAUGUGGAUCUUGGUUUAUCUUCAUCCAAUUCUACUGUCAGUUACCCAAAAGAAAAUGCAAAUGAGCUCCAUACUUUCAGCUGUGGAUUUUCUUCACAAUACGGCAGAGAUGAAACACUGACACUUUUUCAUGCGUUGGGGAAAUUUUUACAUAACAAAAGAGACACAGAAAAUGUAGUUGCGUUAGACCAAAAUGUGUUUCGAGUAGGGGAGCAAUUCUCAAGACUUCCUUUUAAAAUGGAUUCGCCUGAAAAGAUACUCUGCCAAGCACAUGGGCAAUCAAGACCUAUUACAGAUUUUCUUCAUGAAAAUGUUCUAGAUUUUGUAAGUGACGAGGCAAUGGAUGAUGCAUGGACUGUGGCUUCAUAUCUCGGUGAUGCCGACUUGCUUCUUUCUACCUAUCGAAGGACUUCAACAAGACACAGUGAGGCAGAGAAUGUGCUACAGUCAGCUGCUGCUUCAGUCGCAGUUCGUGGAGUUCUCUAUGGAAAUUUUCAUCCAUCCCCUUCAAGAUGGCAUGCUAUUCGCAAACCGAAGCUUUGGCAAAUAGAGCAAUCAUUGUUUCACAAUCAGAAAGAGAUGCUAAGGCAGAGAUUUACCGUUGAUGGUGGAUUGUCAAGCUUAUCUGAAGUAUCUGUCAUAGCUACGGAGUAUAGACCUGUGUUAAAAUGGAUUGGUUACAGAAAAGCUGAAGAUAUCAAAACUCACGAGUCCGACGUUGAUAGCUUGCAAAGAACGAGCAUGGAUGAAAAAAGUGAAAUUUCUGACGAUGAUAUUGAAGACUGGUAAGAGAUGAUGGAACUACUCAUUGUAAAAUAAUGACUUGCGUUUUU